UAAUGUGUUGGGUUUGAGGGCUCUCUCACGCGUCUAAUCACGAGGACAUCUUUCCCUUUCCUCUCUCGCUCCUCUCACUGUCCGCUCUCGCUCCUUAUGAAUUGUUGGUCGCGUCAUGCUGGGGGGUCCGAUCUCGGGUAGGAUUGUCGGCGGCAUGGCGGGAGAGUCGGUCGCGUCAUGCUGACGUCCUCGCUUCGCAGCCAGAUGGCGAUCUUCUCUUUCCCUGCUGCACCUUCCGUACGGGUUGUGGACGAGUGGUGGUAUCUUCUCUCCCCUCUAGAUCCUCCGUUGGGGUGUCAGCGGGCAUGGCGGGCGGGAUAGAUGCGUCAUGCUGAUGUCCUUCCUCGGCACCGUACCUCUCCCCCUCCAUACCCCUCUCCCAUACUGCAAUGGUACAUGGCGACCGUGCCCAAGCCCCCAAGCCCCGCCGCGUCGGGGUUGCUCCUCAUCCUCCUCCUUCGCUAACCCCGCCACGCUCGUGUCCUACAACCGCCCUCUCCUCGUCGGAGGCGCCCGCGGCGGCGCUCGGCGGCUGCGCCACUGCCGCGGGGAGGAGGGGGUGGUGGUCGCCAGCUGCGAGGGCCGUGCUCGACGUGGACGGCGCCGCCGGGGCCGCUCUCACCGCGGUAGGCGCGAUGACCUGCCGCCGCCGAAGGUGUUGGCUUAACGAUAAAAGAAACAUUUGGUGUACAAGAUAUGGAAAUGCCAAAUGCAUAGGCUGAGGAAAAAAUUCAUGAUGUAGCGACGGAACUACAUGUGGUAAGCGGCACAUCUUUUUCAAGAAUUGGGAAUGUGACAUCUAAUACAAAUAUCGUAACGAAUGCAUGCCAUAGAAAAACUUUGCUGGUAGAGACAUGGCUAGCGAUGUGAGCUUCAAUGGUAUUGGAGCAAAAAAAUAUGUGAAUACGAUGCCGGCGAUGAUGACGGUUUCUAUUAAUGUUUGGAGGAUGGCAUGGAUUGCAAAAUUUAUGCAACCCCACAUUAAUUGGAAACUAAAUGAGCCAUGCUACUAACGGCACUACAUUUUGAUCAUGCGACGAACUAAUUUGAGGAAAAAUUUAGUGCUGCCUACUUUGAAUUACAAGAAUUCAUGUUGAAUUAUGGUGCUGUCUCUGCCGCCGGGGACGCUCUCACUGCUGUAGGCGCGAUGACCCACCGCCGCCGAAGGUGUUGGCUUAACGUAAGUGUUUGAUUAGUUCUCCUGUUUGUACAUAAAGUCCGGAGAGGCCCGUCCACGGAUUGAUUUGGAAGAAAUUGUGAUGUGAAUGGAGUGCACUCCUCUAUAAGUCAGAGCAAGAUCAAGUGA